GUGUGGUGGGUCAGACUUGGGUUCUGAACCGCUUCCGUCUCGUCCCGUUGGAUAAGAUCGACCAGGUGGUGAUGUCGUACGGUGGCCUGCGGGGGGCGGUGGCGUUCGCCCUGGUGGUGCUGCUGGACAGCGAGCACGUCAAAGCCAAAGAUUACUUUGUCGCCACGACGAUCGUGGUCGUCUUCUUCACCGUCAUGUUUCAGGGUCUGACCAUCAAGCCUCUGGUGAACUGGCUCAAAGUUCCUCGCUCCACCAGCAGGAAGCCCACCAUCAACGAGGAGAUCCACGAGAGGGCCUUUGACCACAUCCUGACAGCAGUGGAGGACAUUGCAGGACUACAAGGAUACCACCACUGGAGAGACAAGUGGGAGCAGUUUGAUAAGAACUACCUGAGUAAGCUGCUGCUCAGGAAGUCAGUGUACAGGAAGAGCGAGCUGUGGGAAGCGUAUCAGAAGAUCAACAUCAGAGACGCCAUCAGUGUGAUCGACCAGGGUGGGAACGUCCUGACCUCAGCCCGACUGUCUCUGCCCUCGAUGGCCAGCAGAGCUUCGUUCCCUGAGGUCACCAACGUCACAAACUACCUGCGUGAGAACGGCAGCGGAGUGUGUCUGGACCUUCAGGUCAUCGAUAACGUUCCUGGAGCCAAAGUAGAAGAAGACACAGAGACACACCACGUCCUCGCUGGAAACCUGUACAAACCACGGAGACGGUAUCAGUCUCACUACAGCCGUCACUUCAUGCCUCUGGGAGAGAAGGAGCGCCAGGACCGCGAGGUGUUUCAGAGGAACAUGAAGAGCCGCAUGGAGACGUUCAAAUCCACCCGACACAAACGGCACAAGAAGGAGCGCAGCCUCAAGAAGCGGCGAGGAUCCGACGUCAAAGAGGACGGCAGCGACAAACCCAGACGCAACGUCAGCUGGCAGGACAAAGAUCCGGUGGUCGUUCCCGUCGACUCGGAGGAAGACAAAGCCGAACACUCGGAUCCUGAGAAGGAGGAAGACGUCGGGAUCACCUUCGUCGCUCGUAAAGCCGAGACACCAAAACAGCGUCCAAAAUCAGUCCCAGCAGCUCUGGACGGCUGUCAGAGUCCAACAGCUGCUCCCCCCUCCCCCACCGGCGGUCACAGCCAUUUGCCGUGGAAGGGCGGCGUUGGCUCCCCCCCCCCCUGCGUGUCGGUGGAGGCCACAAAGAUCAUCCCGGUGGACCUGCAGCAGGCUUGGAACCAGAGCAUUUCCUCCCUGGAGAGCAUCUCGUCUCCUCCCGCCCCCGCCGAGCCCGUGCACCCUCGGGUCAGCGCCCUGUCCAGGCUGAACGCCCCCCGCCCCGCCUCCUACACCCCGCCGGGCAGCGUGACGGGCAGCACCUCCUCCAUCGGGGGGCAGGUGACGCAGGGCUCCUUCUGCUUCCCGGAGAGGAAGAAGAAGAAGGAGGAAGAGGAAGAGGAGGAUGAAGACGGAGCCUCGCAGGAGAUGCAGCCGCUCAUGAUGUCGUCGCUGCGGCCCCCCGGGUCUCUGCCGCCGCCGCCGCAGCCGCCGGGCUCGGCCCCCGGGUCGGGCCGGAGGAGGAACCCCUGCGUGUACCUGAGGAGCCUGGUGACGGCGCCCCCUGCUGGCAGCGAGCCGUACAGCAGAGGCCCCACCCAGCUUUAA